ACUGUUCUCCAGGGGAUCAUUUUGCUACCCCUCCGUGCUAUAUUCAUUGCAUUCAUUUUACUGCUAGCAUGGCUGUUUGCAUCAAUUGCAACUUUCCAUCACCCUGGAAAAGGAUCUGUGCCACUUAAAGGAUGGAGAAGGCAGAUGAUCAAGACAAGCCUCUCAUGCCUAACUCGUACCUUGUUCUUCAUAAUGGGUUUCCAAGUUAAAGUAAAAGGGAAAGUAGCAAGUCUGCUGGAAGCCCCAAUCUUUGUUGCAGCUCCCCAUUCAAGCUUUUUUGAUGCCAUUAUUUCUGCCCUAACUGGAAUGCCAUCAGUAGUGUCUAGAGCAGAGAACCUGUCAACUCCGGUAUUUGGCACAAUUUUAAGUUCCCUUCAGCCUGUAUCAGUUUCUCGUCAAGACCCUGAUUCACGAAAGAAUACGGUCACCGAGAUAACUAAGCGAGCAUUAUCAAGAGGCCAGUGGCCACAGAUACUGAUUUUCCCAGAAGGCACCUGCACAAACCGAUCUUGCCUGAUCACAUUUAAACAAGGUGCCUUUCUUCCACGAGUCCCUGUACAACCUGUGUUGCUCCGAUACCCCAACAAGCUGGAUACUGUGACCUGGACAUGGCAGGGCUAUUCACUAAAAGAGCUGUGUGUAAUGACGCUGUGUCAGCUGUUCACAAGAGUAGAAGUUGAGUUUCUACCUGUUCACGUUCCUACUGAGGAAGAAAAGAAUGAUCCCAUUCUUUUUGCCAACAGAGUCCGACAAACCAUGGCAACUGCUUUGAAUGUGCCAGUCACUGAUCACACUUUUGAAGAUUGCAGACUGAUGAUUUCAGCGGGACAGCUGACUUUACCCAUGGAAGCUGGGCUGGUGGAGUUCACCAAAAUUAGCAAGAAACUCAACCUAAAAUGGAAUCAUGUCAGAGAGCAGCUGGAUACCUUUGCUGCUAUUGCAAGUGCUUCCAAAGGGGGAAGAAUUGGAAUUGAGGAGUUUGCGGAGUACUUGAAGCUGCCUAUUUCAGAUGUCCUCAAAGAGCUGUUUCUACUCUUUGACAGGAAUGGAGAUGGCACCAUCGACUUCAGAGAAUAUGUAAUUGGUUUGUCUAUUCUUUGUAACCCAGCCAACACAGAAGAGACUAUUCAGAUGGCAUUUAAGCUCUUUGACAUGGAUGAGGAUGGCACUAUAACAGAAGAUGAGUUUGCUUGUAUCAUUCAGUCAGCUCUGGGGGUGCCUCAGCUUGAUGUUUCUAUGCUCUUUAGAGAAAUAGAUGCAGAUGAAACUGGGAAGCUGUCCUAUGGUGAGUUCAAGGACUUUGCACUCAAGCAUCCAGAAUAUGCCAAGCUCUUUACUACGUACCUAGAGCUACAGAGAUACCAGUUAGAUAUGUUGGAGGGGGAUGACUUUGAGUCACCUGAAAUCAAACACAGUCCAGUUAGAAAGACUACAAUCCCAGUCUCAGAAACAACACCAAUUGCAAGAAAUAAAGUCUGUCCUGAAGGCAAUGAAGAGGAUAACUCCAGUACCUCUGACAAAAAGGAUGACUGAGAAGAGUUAAAGUAUUCAGCUCUUGAAUUCUACAGGAUUUUUUCCCUAGCUAUUCAUA